UACGCUCUAAUGAAGUACCGGUAUUGGACAGGCAUCCAUUCUCUAGUUGAUACAUUUUGGACACUUUCUCAUUAUAUGGCAAUUCAGACGAAAAAGAGCUAGGAUGUGCCAUCGUGGCAAACGUGGAAGAUGCAGCGGCCAGCCUUAACCGUUUCAGCACCUUCAUUGGAAAUAGGAACACCAUCAAAGUCGACCGCAGACGUCUCUGACAAGGCGACUACAGCUUUCGUCCGGCGUACACUAUGCUCUCAGAACAACACGGGAGAUCUGGGCCGAGUGACGCCGCGCCCGGUUGAGGAGUUGCUACCGCCAUUGACCAGCUCAAACGAUGUGGACCUUCAGCUUUACGGGUUCAUUGCGAUCAUUAUCAAGGAGUUCGUGUAUAGUUGGUAUUCGAAAAUUACGCCCGAUCACACCUUUGUGGACGAGGCAAUCCGAAUCGUUGCACACUGCACGCGCGCAUUGGAACAACGGCUUCGACAAGUCGACUUAGAAUCGCUUCUCUUAGACGAGAUCCCAGAUUUGAUCGAUGCGCAUGUUACCGCCUACCGUGUCGCGCACCAAUCCGCCGACUUGCAUCCCUACUCUGCUGGAGCAAGGCAGGUCUAUCACACCCUCAACCCGCAUCCAGCACUAUCGCCCGCACCGGUGCCUGCGAACCCGGAAACUGUUCGCGAACAAGAACGGAAUGAGGAGGCGUGGCGUCAUUUGUUGGUGCAGGGAGUAUUGGCGGUACUCCUCCCAACGGAAGAUCUCGAGAAUCGUUGCCUUCAUGCGUUAGUAACGGAAAGUUUGGCCGAAAUGAUCCUUGGCACAGGGGUCAGCGGAAGAGUCUGUGAGGGAUGGGUACUGUGGGAAGGCAUUACGAAAGCCAUCGGGGCUGCGAAGUCACGUUCAACCGACUUGAAAGAGAUGAAGAGGAGCAAACGAAGGUUGGGCUCGUUGGGUCGGCUCGAACGCUUUGGGUUACUCUCCUCGCACGGCGCUGAUAAGUUUCCGAGAAGAGCAUCCAGCUGGACAUCUCUAUCCGGAUCUGUUUCAGCGUGGUUUUGGAUUGCUGCCCAAUAUGUAUUUUUGGCGUUUACGGCAUUACGCGGGGCGAUCAUUGCAUUUGCAACAUCAUCCUCCUUACCGGCAAGAGGGGCAGCGAUCGCAAAAUCACCAUCCGUCGAAGUCGCGCAUAGCGAAAUUCCCUCAUUCAAAUCCGAAAGUGGAAGACAGGCCCCGGAAUCGCUGCGACCUAUUGUAAGCAUGAAGGCAUGGGCGUGCUUUGCGAACCUAAUCGAGCUGGAUGACUGCAUGCCAUGGUUAAGUGGCUUUAUUGCGAUUCUCUAUACGGGAGUGGUGGAGGGGCCGGGUCGGUUGGGUUACACAGACGGCACAUUGGACAGGUAAGUGGACAUGUCUUUCAUUUCUCACUCGUGUUUUACCCAGUCAAUGGUCAUGAUUGUCGUGAUUUUCCUCUUCGUUCCGGACAUAUCCGUUGCGAAACCUAGCCGGACGAUUAAAACUGGUCGGCAAUCCUGCCACGGUUGCUCGGUGAAAAGAUUGGCUUCAUUCGCAUCGUCGAGCCGACCCAGCGGGCACGGGCAAAGGCAACCCGCAUACGGGAGGAGUCAAGUGACCUGGCGCCAGCCAGUCAUCUCACAGGAUGGCUUCUCUUAUCGAACCCCCCUUGCCCUCCAUUUCUGGUGUCCGUGUGCAAGGGCGUUACUGAUGGAGGGUGGAGGGGCCCACCCCUCCCGUCUGCAACUCGGGCGCCCAGGCGCCCACUACAGAACGUGCCAGGAAUUCCCCGCUUGCCUCCAAUGUCGCAGCCCAACGGGCAAGGGUC